GCCUCCAGCCCACAACCAUGGCAUAACCAGCUUUGCUCCUGGCCCGUCAUGCCAAGGAUCCUGCAGGGCACCCGGCCGGUCGGGUUGAAAGCAGCAGCGUUGGGUCCAACCAGUUUCCCUGCGAAGCUGCAGCUCUCCUUAGAGGUGGAAGGAGAAACUCUGCUUCUGGAUUUGGGGCAGAAUUGGGAGCUGGUGAGGGGCACCCCAGGGUUACUCUAUUACCUCCCAAAUGGGACAAGAAUCUUGCAGCCAACGAACCCAGAGAGCAACUGCUGUUAUCGGGGUACCAUUCAGGGGUACCUCAACUCUUGGGCCAGUGUCUGUGUGUGCUCUGGUUUAAGUGGCCUCCUCACCGUGUCCAGGUUUAGAAGCUACAGCUUGGAAUCUACCCCAGAUGGAGACACAAGGGCCUACAGACUCGAGACAGUCAAGACAUCCACAGGGGCCUGCAGGUCGAGCAGACAGUUUCACCCACAACCGAAGCGGACGCCGCUGCAUCGGGCAAAGAGAGAAGCGGAGACUGAGCGUGGCUACGUGGAACUGGUGAUCGUGGCCGACCAAGCCGAGUUCCAGCUGGAUCCUAACGUCAGCCGGAUUCAGACACGCAUCGUGGAAAUCGCCAGCCACAUGGACGGGUUUUACAGGACGCUGGGUCUGCGGGUGGCCCUCGUGGGCGCCGAAGUCUGGAACCAGCGCAACCGGGUGUCAACAGAGGGAACCGCUGGAGAAGUUCUCACGCGGUUCCUGGCGUGGAAAGAGAAGGAUUUAAUGCCCCGGAUCCCACACGACAGCGUCCAGCUCAUUAUCGGUCCCCCGUUUACCGCCGGCGUCAUCGGGGCGUCUACCCAGGGAUCCAUCUGCACUAAGCGCUCCGGUGGGAUCAGCAUGGGCCAUUCCGUUAGUCCUUUAAUCAUGGCUUCCACUCUUUCGCACCAACUUGGGCACAACCUUGGCCUUGUCCACGAUGUGGUCGGCUGCAGCUGCAACAGUUCCAUCCGUGCCCCGGGCCGUAAAUGCAUCAUGGAACCCCCGACGGGGAUCAUGCCGGGGUUGAGUUUCAGCACCUGCAGCCAGCAGUGGGUCCAACGGAUCCUGCGGAGCGAUCGGAUCGGCUGCCUCCUCGACCGGCCCGAACCAGACCGCCUGGUGAAGUCCCUCUGCGGGAACCGCUUUGUGGAAUACGGGGAGCAAUGCGACUGCGGCCUCUUUUUGCCAACGAGACCAAAUGCAUUUCGGCUCUGGGUGGUGAGUCCUGUGGCUGGAUUGUGUUUGAUGGCACUCGUGUUUUCCUUUCCGUUCCCAGAUGCGGUUCCUCUCUCGGAUGGCUGCGUGGCGUCUCUGAAUCCCAGAGGGGACGCGCGGGGGCACUGCGGGCAGAACCCCAACGGAUCCUACAUCUCCUGUGCUAAGAGUGACGUCCGGUGCGGGCAGCUGCAGUGCGAGAAAAAACGGAAUGGGGCGUUUAGGACGCCCAAUUGCCUGCGUGAUGCUCUUACCGUUGCCGUUGCUGCCGAUGUGCUGGAUGAGGCCGUGGCGCAAUCGGGGACUAACUGUGGGUCCAGCAAAGUUUGCAUCGACAAACGAUGCCAGGAUCUCUCCUUGUUAAAAUUCUCCGAAUGCAAAUGCGGUGGACGUGGGAUUUGCAACAGCAAAGGACAUUGCCAUUGCCAGCCGGGCUGGGCCCCCCCUGACUGCCAGAGCGGUGGCCUCGGGGGCAGUGUCGACAGCGGCCCCCCUGCCCCAGAGGAAGCGAGCCGGUCCACCUCGACGGUGCUUGUUCUGAUCGCUCUGCUUCUGGUCGCCUUGCUCGUGGCGGGCCUCUGCUGUGCCAAACGGCUCGGGCUGUACAAGCGCCUCUGCCAGUUUGGCAAGGGGACCAGCUGCCAAUACAGGGCUGACCCUGAGUCCCGGGUGGAAUUCCUUCACCCAGCUGGAAGGAUCACCCAACCAGAGCCCCGGAGUUACAGCAAAGCUCCUCCAAACCGGCCUCGUCCCCCACAGUGGAAACCAAGUACAGAACUUCAGCUUAUGCCAACUUCUAAGCAGCCCGUUGCUCUGGGGGCCGCGCGGCCUGACCCGCCCUCCAAGCCGUUGCCGCCUGAUCCGAUCCCAAAAGAUCAACAGGCCUCCGUUGGGGACCGGCCAGCCCCGCCUAUACGCCCGUUGCCUCCUGACCCUAUUGCUAAAACUCAGGUAAUUGUGUCGCCCUUUCCCCGUGGAGGGGAACGUACACCGGGUCGGAGAGGGACCCCAUUUGCAGAGGGCAAAGCCAUUGGAAAAGUGUCUCCUGCCCCCCCGAAGCCUCCCCCUCCCCAGAAGCCACUGCCUUCGGAUCCGCCCCGGCCUCAGCUGGGGGCCGGGCCCAGCUGUGACCCCGAGGUCCAGAUGUUGCCAUCCAGGCCAGCCCCUCCACCGCCUGGCGUGCUGGCCGGUUCUGCAGGACACAGCGGUGAAAUCUAAUCGGGGUUGUUCGGACCGAAGGAGCCAUCGACCUUCCGAAGUCACCUCUCGGCCCCCGGCAGAAAGAACCCCCCGCCAUGCUUCCUGUUGCUCGCUUGGCUGAUUUUGGCUGUAGAUUUUGCAGAGCGCCGUGUCCAUCCUAGCCAGCUCGGAUCAGGGUUUGCGUGCCCGGGGGCCUCGGGUGUGUGCGGUGUUUUGCCCCGCGGCCAGAAGUCCUAACUUGCCCAAGGGGAUGCCGUUUGGGCUCCGGCGUCCCCCGCUUUGAAUCCUGUCCGAAGGAAUUCUGGGGAAAGUGUCUGCACUGGCAAGAGGGCUGUCCGUGGUGCUGGCCGGAGGUGCAGUCGUGUGCGUGUGCCAAGGGAACAGCACACGCGUGUCUGUGUUGCCUCCUGGAAGAGGGGGGCUAUUCUCUACGGAAGCGGAUUCCUCUCCCAUCUUCACUGGAAUAUAUCCAUCCAUCUGGGUUUGAGGCAAUCUUAAUAAAAACAGGUGGACUCCCUUG